GUGGUGCACACUUCCUUCGCCCGGCCACAGAAGACAAAAAAGAGUUGCUGGUGUAACAAUAGGAAGAAUAUAUUCCACUCCUCUCUUGUACACGCGGCUUAUGAGAUGAACGCUCGUCAAGAAGAACGUCCCCUUCAGCAGCAGGAGGAUCCACAGCCCCCCCACAUUAAAGAGGAAGAGGAGGAAGUGUGGAUGAGUCAGGAGGGAGAGUGUCCUGUAGGGCAGGAGGAGGCUGAUGUCAGCAAGUUUCCACUGACUGUUGUCUCUGUGAAGACUGAAGAGCAUGAAGACAAACCACCUGAGUCCUCACAGCUUCAUCACAGUCCAAACGUCUGUGAAGAACAUCUUCUCCCUGAGCAACAGAAGUGGAGCUUCAGGAUGGAGCCACAGCCCUCCCACAUUAAAAAGGAAAAGAAACACCCACUGAUCCCCCAUUUUAAAGCGGAAGAGGAUGACCCACUGACCACUCACAUCAAAGAGGAAGAGGAGGACUCAUUGACCCCCAAUUUUGAAAAGGAAGAGGAGAAGCCACUAAUAACCCAUUUUAAAGAGGAAGAGGAGGACCUACUGACCCCUUACUUUAAAGGGGAAGAGGAGGACUCAUUGACCCCCAAUUUUAAAAAGGAAGAGGAGAAGCCACUAAUAACCCAUUUUAAAGAGGAAGAGGAGGACCUACUGACCCCUCACUUUAAAGAGGAAGAGGAGGACCAAGAGCCGCCGCACAUUAAAGAGGAAGAGGAGGAAGAGGGCAUCAGUCAGCCUAAAUGGUUGGAGGAGUUCCCAGUGACUGGUGUCCCUGUGAAGAGUGAAGAUGAUGAGGUGAAAGGUGAAAGUGAGGAGAGGGGAGGGGGGGAGCCUCCAAGCAGCAGCUCAACACAACACAUGACAACAGAAGCUGAUGGAGACCACUGUGGAGGAUCACAAGCAGACAAGCUCUUAGCUCCACUAUCAGAUAGUGAGGACACAACGUCACACUCUCCUGACACUGAUGAUGAAGACUCUAAAGAUGAUAAGACAUGUCACACUGACAACACUCGCUUCACAUGUUCUCACUGUCACAAAACUUUUAAAUACCAUUGUCGUCUAAAAUCACACAUGAGAACACACACUGGAGAAAAACCUUUCUCUUGUUCAAUCUGUGGUAAAGGUUUUAGACAAAGUAUCAAUUUGAAAGUACACAUGAGAACACACACUUGUGAAAAACGUUUUUCCUGUUCAACCUGUGGUAAAGGUUUUACACAAAGUCAGAGUUUGAAAAUACAUAUUAGAACACACACUAGAGAAAAACCUUUUUCUUGUUCACUCUGUAGUAAAGGUUUUACACAAAGUAUCAAUUUGAAGGUACACAUGAGAACACACACCAGUGAAAAACCUUUUUCCUGUUCAAUCUGUGGUAAAGGUUUUAGAGAAAGUCAACAUGUGAAAAGACACAUGAGAACACACACUGGUGAAAAACCUUUUUCAUGUUCAAACUGCGGUAAACAUUUUACUCAGAGGCCAGAUUUAAAAGUACACAUAAGAACACACACUGGAGAAAAACCUUUUUCAUGUUCUAUCUGUGGUAAAGGUUUUACAAGAAGUCAACAUUUGAAAGUACACAUGAGAACACACACUGGAGAAAAACCUUUUUCAUGUUCAAUCUGCGGUAAAGAUUUUACUCGAAGGGAAAAUUUCAAAAAGCACAUGAGAAUACACACUGGAGAAAAACCUUUUCCUGUUCAAUCUGCAGUAAAUAUUUUGCGCAACGACACUAUUUGAAAGAACACGUGAGAACACACACUGGAGAAAAACCUUUUACAUGUUCAGUAUGUUGUAAAAGUUUUUUACAAAGUCAGCAUUUGAAAAGACACACGAGAAGACACCCAGGAGAGAAAGUGUUGAGUUGCAGUGUGUGUGG